UUUCUGACACCUUCUGCAUUCGCCUCGAGUGCGAGGAUUUACAUCUUUGACCUCUAUUGCUUUGCUUCAGAACCGAUUUGGCUCUGUCUGGCACUCACGGUGUUGGUCGACUCGCGUCUUACCCCGCAACUUCUCCUUAUCAAGAAGGUCGUCAGAUUCAGCCAUGGGGGACUACGGGCCAGAAGUCCGGGUAUCCCCUGCACAGGUCGCUGGCGGUAUCUCAUCGUUGCCUGCGGACGCCCAGGAUGAGAUCUCCGUGCUCGUCACGGGCUUCGGGCCCUUCGGCACGAAUCUGGUCAAUGCCUCGUUCCUGAUUGCCUCGUCUCUGCCGACUUCGUUGACAUUUCCCGGGGCGACGGCAACAGCCUCCUCGCCGCGCCGGAUCUCCAUCCAUGUCCACCCCUCGCCGAUCCCCGUCGCAUACUCGACUGUCCGGACGACUGUCCCAGCCAUUAUUGAGAACUUCAAAGAGGCACAUGGUGGCCGUCGCCCGGACCUGAUCAUCCACAUGGGUAUCGCUUCCACGCGGGCGUACUAUUCUGUGGAAACACAGGCCCAUCGCGAUUCAUAUCUCAUUGCAGAUAUCAACGGCCAAUCGGGGUACGAUGAUGGUGAACGACUAUGGCGAGAGCAGGGACGUCCCUUCAGGCUGAAACCAGGUCCUGCGGCGGCUUUCUCGUCGCUGUCGCUGUCGUCGUCUCAACGCCCGGUAGCAGUACCGGAGGCGACAGGGCAACCAGGUGCCCAUGCGUAUAUGCCGGACGCGCAUUUCCUCGAGCAGUGGAAAUCUUUCUCGCCAUUAGAAGCGGAUAUCCGCAUCUCCGAAGAUGCAGGCCGUUUCCUCUGCGAGUUCAUCUUCUACACGAGUCUGUCGCAGGCCUGGGCGGACGGGGAGGAUCGGAAUAUCAUCUUCUUCCACGUGCCUAGAUCAUGCCAAGAUCAGGACAUCAAACUGGGCCGGGAGAUCACCAUCGGGCUAAUUAAGACCUUGGUCACUUGCUGGAUUGACGAGCAUAAAUAAGUGCCGGUCCAGUACUGGAGACCUUACCUCUACUCUACUGCAUACAAUAAUCUAGUAAGCUGCUAUCUAUUGCUUCAGGAAUAGCGCAUCAAGAAAUUGCAUACAUUUGAGCCUGAACCCCCAUCAUGAGCUACCUUAUUACUGAGAUAACCCGUAACUAAAAAACUAAAUACUACGUUGUACGUAACCAAGCGAUUCGAUCUUCAAACCACUAGUGAUACCAGUUGGAAUUGCGAGGUUGAAUAUGAUGUAGUAUUCCCUCUCAAAGUCAGAUGACCG